GGGAAAGCUCAGUGACCAUCUCCCGGCCAGAGACCCGCGUCGCCUCCGCCUGCCUCUAUGCCUGGCCGCCCGAGCAGCCCAUAGCAGGGGGGAGAGGCGCUCUGAGCCGCCGCCGCCGCUCUUGGAUUUACCCGACCCGAGGCUGGGACAGGCUCCCCCCUCCCCUCCUGGCACCGUCUGUCCCUGGGGUUUCUAGAUACAUAGAUACAUUUUUUUCUUUAAAAAAAGAAAAGAAAUCGUGUCUACUUUUUAUUUUUGGAGAUACUGGACGCCAUGUUGUGGAAACUAGCAGACAAUGUCAAGUACGAAGAGGACUGCGAGGACCGCCAUGACGGGAGCAGCAACGGGAAUCCCAGAUUACCCCAUCUCUCUGCUGUCAGCCAGCACUUGUACAGCCCGGCUCCCCCGCUUUCUCACUCGGGGACCUCCGAUUUCCAGCCCCCUUACUUCCCUCCCCCCUACCAGCCUUUGCCUUAUUCGCAGUCCAGCGACCCUUAUGCACACCUCGGGGAUCCUUUCUCCAUCAACCCGCUCCACCAGCCGCCUCCGCCUCCUCCCAAUCAGCAGCAGACAGGCUGGCCCAGCCGUCAGACCAGCCAAGACCCGUCGGCCCUCUCCCACCAUGUCCGGGCCGGUUUGGUCCCCCAUCUCCCGGCUCUGGAAAGCGGCUCUGCCGGGGCGAGAAGGGAGACGUACCGGCGCUCUGAGCUGCUUCUGCCUCACAGCCAUGGCCUGGAUGCCUCCAGCCUGGCCGAGAACCUUGGCCUGCAUGACAUGACCCAACAGAUGGAAGAGGUCCAGAAUGUGGAAGAUCAACAUUUAUUAAUGCAUGACCAGACAGUCAUUAGAAAAGGUCCCAUUUCAUUAACGAAAAACAAUGCGUUAGGUCUCCCUUGUCAGAAAGACGGGCUGAUUGGAGUCGUGAUCAACCCCAACGAAGUGUUCUGUUCGGUUCCCGGACGGCUUUCUCUCCUGAGCUCCACGUCGAAAUACAAAGUGACAGUAGCCGAAGUUCAAAGGCGGCUCUCCCCUCCUGAAUGUCUGAACGCUUCUUUGCUGGGAGGAGUUCUCAGAAGAGCCAAAUCUAAAAACGGAGGCCGCUCAUUAAGGGAGAAGCUGGACAAAAUCGGUCUGAAUCUUCCUGCAGGCAGAAGGAAAGCGGCAAAUGUGACGUUACUGACAUCGUUGGUGGAAGGUGAAGCUGUGCACCUCGCUCGUGACUUCGGCUAUGUGUGUGAGACUGAGUUUCCUUCGAAAGCGGUGGCCGAAUACUUAACCCGGCCGCAUCUGGGUCGCAACGAGAUGGCAAACAGAAAGAACAUGCUGCUGGCUGCAAAACAGAUCUGCAAAGAAUUCACUGACCUCCUCACUCAGGACAGAACCCCCCUUGGUAACGCGAGGCCGAGCCCGAUUUUGGACCCUGGCAUCCAGGGCUGCUUGACUCACUUCAGCCUCAUCACGCACGGAUUCGGGAGCGCCGCCAUCUGCGCCGCCAUGACGUCGGUCCAGAACUACCUGAACGAAGCGCUAAAAAUUGCAGACAAAACGUACAUGAACGCAGGGGACCAGAGUCCCGCAGAAGCCAACAAAAGCAUCGAGAAGAUGGAUAAACAUCGGAACUGCUGUUAUCCAUUCAUUGUGGGACCAGGUACCAGAAGGUAACAUGGACAUGAGCUUGUUGUGAAGCAGUACAAAGUGGUGCUAUUUGGGGGAGGGGGAAAACGGGGAAAUAAUGUGGUAUUUCUAGAAGCUGCGGAAGGAGAUCCAUCCUGUCCUUGUGUGGGCACUUGUUUUGUUUCUGAAUUUUGACAGGGCCCUACGCUUGUGGGCUACCUGUGGGAUUGAGUCCACAGGAAAUGCACAUGGACCAUACAUGCACUUAGCAGAGGGUGGGUGGGGGAAUGAAUUAAAAGGGCUUUGUCAGGCCCUGUGUGGGGCAGUGAGUAAAGGAAAGGAUGGAUCGUCCCCGUUUAGAUUUUAUUUCAGGUGAACAUCAAGCUUCUGACCAGCUGGGAUCCUUCUAACUCUCAAAAACUUCUAGGACAUCUAUAUAUUCAGAAGCCGGCAAUAGCAUAGAGAAACAGUAUUAACCCCAGGGAUUCUGAACUACUGGCAAAAUGCCCAGGAUUGUAACCUAAUUGAAAUGUCUUAGGAGGCGGCUGAUGUAAAAUUAUUUCUUUUAAAAAUAUCUGGUGGUAUUUUGAACGCUCUGUGUAAUGUCUUGUGUAUCUCGGGGAGGGCUUUAGGAUCUCUGGGCCUGAUCCAGGAAACGUUCCCGCAACACUCAAAUGGAAGUGAGGCAGGAUUAAAGGGGGAUGUGGUCUGUCUUUUGACACAAGGGUACCCCCACUCCACCCCGAGUGCCCCAGCUAAAAGGGGGGGGGGGAGUUUUAGAAACUUGACAUCCACUUCUAAAAAGAUCCAGGAUACUGCAGCUUUAUCCAUUUUUUUGGUGUUUUUAAAAUAGGAAAAAAACUUGAAAAGUAUAGGCACAUAAUUUUUUAAUUUUUUUGUUUUGCCUAUAUAGGCCAAAAAUUAUAUAUAAAUAUAUCUAUCUAUCCAGGGAAGUUUUAUGUGUAUAAGGGAAAGCAAGUGUGUUGAAUGUACAUAUUUAUUUAUGUUGUAAUUUAAUGGGAUUUGUAAAUAAUGGUGAACUUUUUAAUACUUUUUUUAAUAAAUGGGCUUCAAAUUUUUUUUUCAAAAGGUAAUGGGUAAGCUUGGUAUAUUGCUAAGUUUAUGCACAGGUCUGUUUAUGCUGGGUAUUUAAGACUUUUUACGAAUAAUAAAAAAAGAGAUGUCUUUAUUCUUGCCACUGAAGAUUAGAUAGAAUCUGAGGUGUAUGUUGACAAAGCAAUAAUUUUGUGUAUUAGUAGCAAUUUGAAGCGAGUGUGUGAGGUGGCGUAUGUCUGUGGGGAGGGGGGAAGAAAUAAAGAAAGGCGUACAAUCCAAUCCCCCCCAAUCCCGGUUUGUAAAUGUUUCCCUAUCAUCAUGCUGUUGUAUAGGAUAACCAUAAUAAAAGUAUUCUGGAUAGAA